UAUUCCCGGUGUAUUUCACCACGACCACAUGACCGUGUGAAUUAGUGGGGAGAGGAUGUUUUGACGGAGACUUCCACUGAGUGUAUUUCCACUUUACAAUGUUUUAUAAAUAAGCGAUCACAAUCAAAAUUCCAACAGAUGAUCGACAAUGAGAAGAUCUGCAUCUCAUCAGGAUCUCAGAUGCCCGGAGGAAAAUGCAUCUGCCCUGUCUCGGUUCUUCUUCCUCUGGGUUGGAAGCUUGAUUAAAAAGGCCAACGAAAAGCCCCUGGCGGAACAUGACAUAUGGGAUCUGAACGUCAGGGACAAGACGCAUACUGUGUCCCCAGUCUUCGACAGUGCGUGGAAGAGGAACUCCCCCAGCAGCUACAUCAGAAGUGACUCCAAUCACGAUGUCAAGUCGACCAAAUCUACUCGCACUCCGUCGGGUGCAAGUGUUCGACAAAGAAAUAUCACAGGGAUACCGCAAAGUGAAAGCGAUGCCAACAAGGGUACAUAUACCAUUAAUUCAAGUCAAUCUCAGCCGCCUCCUCUCAACACAAAGCCAUCGCAGAGCCAUGGAGAAGAAGGACAUGGAGAAGAAGGACAUGGAGAAGAAGGUCAUGGUGGUGCCAGAAGGCCUUCUCUUCUUGCUGCCAUCUUGAAGUCAUUCUCGCAAGAACUUCUCCUGUCAGUUGGGUUGAAACUGGUGAAGUUUGUUUCCUUGUGGAUAUCAAGUCCUUUCUUACUUGGACUCCUGAUAGACGUCACAGCUGACACGCACACUAGCGUCUGGGAGGGCGUUGCCUUGUCCGUCACCAUGGUUACAGUCAUGAUGAUAGGGAGUAUUAUUGAUGAACAGUCGUCCUAUUUGAGACAGAGGAACAACAUGCAUAUAGAAUCAGCUUUAAAAAAUGCAAUUUUCAGAAAGGCAAUAAACCUCCACACAAGUGCCAGAAAACUCUACUCUAUGGGACACAUGACAAACUUGGUGUCCGGUGAUGUUUCGACUAUUGCUGCCAAAUUCUCAAACAUGAUCUUCAUAUUGUUCACACCUAUCGACAUCGUUGUCAUCUUCCUGCAACUGUUUUACCUCCUGGGUCCUGCGGCAGGGCUCGGGUUCCUCGUCGUCCUCAUCCUUGUGCCCAUCAACAUGCAUAUAUCAGACAAAAUCACCGACCUUUUUGCAAAGAACGCUAAACACAAAGAUGAGAAGAUGAAACUUCUCAACGAGGUCUUGACAGGGAUGAAGGUGCUGAAACUUAAUGCAUGGGAGCCAUGUUUCGGGGCCAAGUUGUCGGCCUGUCGGGAGAGGGAGAUGGACGUCCUGACACGCAUGACGUAUUACAGGGCUCUGCAUAUCUUCAGCUGGAACACAGCGCCCUAUCUGAUUUCAAUGGUGAUAUUCACGGGGUAUUUCCUCCUUGACGAUGACCCAAUAUUUACAGCCAGGACCGCGUUUUCCGUCAUAUCUGCACUCAAUCUUCUUCGGCUUGCUAUUAACCAGGCCCCGGAUAUAAUGAACGAUAUUCACAGUAUUAAUCUUUCAAUCAAAAGAAUAGAAACCUUCUUGUGUGAGAGUGACUUCAAGUCUGUCAGAGGUGGCGAUACAGAAUCAAGCGAUGCCGCAAUCGAGAUUACAAACGGCCAUUUCACCUGGGAUUCAAAUACAGCACAAACGUUAAGCAAUGUGAACCUGAGCAUCCCCGAGGGGAGUCUGGUGGCUGUGGUCGGGCAUGUGGGGGCGGGCAAAUCUUCACUGGUAGCAGCAGUGCUGGGGGAGAUCCAGAAGGUUAAAGGUCAUCUCAGUGUCCAGGGUCGUGUAGCCUAUGUGCCCCAACAAGCCUGGAUCCAGAACGACACCUUGCAGAACAACAUCCUGUUUGGGAAACCCAUGAACAGGCAGCUGUAUAAAACAGUGAUCCAGGCAUGUGCCCUACAGCCUGAUAUAGAUAUGCUAUCUGCUGGAGAUCUCACGGAGAUCGGGGAAAGAGGUAUCAACUUGAGUGGAGGACAGAAGCAGAGAGUGUCUCUAGCCAGAGCUGUCUACAAUGAUGCUGACAUCUAUCUGCUGGAUGAUCCACUCAGUGCUGUCGACAGUCAUGUGGGGAAACACAUCUUUGAAAAAGUCAUUAAAGGGAUACUUAGGAAUAAAGUCGUGGUGUUGGUAACCCACAAUCUGCGUUACCUACCUGGCGUUGACAACAUCGUGGUUGUGGGGGACGGCACAGUUGCAGAGACGGGGUCGUUCCGCGACCUCCUCAACAGUGACGGUGUGUUCACACGUGUGCUGCGAUCCUACCUGGUGGAUUAUGAGGACAACCGAACAUGUAUGGAAGAUUUUGAAUCUGAAGGUAACAUCAAUCUAGAUUCAGACCUAAAGUCGAAGUUGAAAAGAUUGGACAGUGAAGAUCUAUCUGAAAACCAACACUUCAGACGUCAGACUUCCAAGAUUUCCAGACAAGGCUCCAGACAUCUGUCAACUUCGUCUGAAGACAAACCAGAGACUAAUGGUCGUUAUGUGAAGGAAGAAGAAAUCACUGAACCAGAUGCCAAGGAGAAGUGGUCAAUGCUUCGGAAGUACAUCUACGCUUACGGCGAGUGGAACUUAGUGUUUCUGCUUGUGUUUUAUGCCAUGUACUACAUCUCAUGGGUGGGAGCCAACUUGAUGCUUGUAAGAUGGACAAAUGACCCUCGUCUCCAACACGUCAACGACAGUAACCGCAGCGUUUUGGAUAGAGACGUUGUGUGGAGGACAAACAUGAUCUACCUCAGCAUCUACAGCUCUCUCGGAGUUGCAUUGUCCGUCUUUAUUCUUCUUUACGCCUACAUGAUGUCCCGUGGCGUCGUGCGUGCCUCCAAAGAUCUCCACAGUAAGAUGCUGACGAAUAUUCUGAAGUCACCAAUGGAAUUCUUCGACACAACUCCAGUUGGCAGAAUAACCAAUCGUUUCUCACAUGACAUGAAGGUCAUUGACGACGAGAUGCCCAUGUGUCUGGAGUUCUGGCUUGACGGCAUGGUCAACGUUGUGACGUCAAUGAUCGUGGUGGUGUACAGCACGCCACAGACGGUGUUAGUUCUCAUUCCUGUCGUGUGCGUCUACAGGUCACUGCAUAAAUAUUACAACACUGCCAAAAUCCGACUCAGCAGAUUAACGGUAACGGCGAAGUCUCCCAUGGAGAGCCACUUCACUGAGUCCGUCAUGGGGGCAGAGAUCAUUCGUGCUUUUGGUGAUCAACAAAGGUUUGCUAACAAGAUGCAAGAUACCAUUGACCAUUAUCACAAAAUGAGAAUCUGUGGGAGAGUCGCUUACAGAUGGAUUGGGGUCCAGAUGAUCGGCAUUGGUAAUGCACUAUGUGGAGCCUCCUGUCUACUGAGGAGUUUUACGAAAGGAGCCACAUCAGCAGCCAUGAUGGGUCUGGGGACUACAUUCUCAUUACAGUUGAAAGGGGACAUGAGAUGGCUUAUGAGCUUGCAGAGUGACCUGGAAACCAAUUUAAUAUCAAUGGAGAGAAUCACACAGUAUAUUCACAGUCCUAAUGAGGAUUCGUGGAGGAAGAAUGCUUCUCAGCUUCCACGGAACUGGCCGGAAAGAGGCAGGCUGGAGUUCCACAACUACAGCCUCCGAUACAGUCGGGGCGGGGACCUGGUGCUGAGGAACAUCUCAUUUACCGUACAUGGAGGGGAGAAGGUCGGUGUUGUUGGCAGAACAGGAGCGGGUAAAUCCUCCCUGAUGCUCUCCCUUUUCCGUCUGGUGAAGCCAGCAGAGGGCGCUAUUGUCAUAGACGGUGUAGACAUUGCUGACAUCGGACUUCAUGAUCUCAGGGAGAAACUUGCUAUCAUACCACAGGACCCUGUGUUGUUUACGGGUCCGUUAAGGCUGAACCUUGACCCUCAAGACCUGUACUCGGACCAGGACAUCUGGUCGGCCUUGGACCACACCCACAUCCGCCAGUUUGUCGAGUCCUUGCCUGACCUAUUGCAGAGUGACUGUGGAGAGGGAGGAACCAACUUCAGUGUCGGGCAACGUCAACUAUUCUGUAUGAGCAGAACGCUCUUGAAGAAAUCCAAGAUCCUUGUUCUGGACGAAGCUACAGCAGCCGUUGAUAUGGAAACAGAUGACCUGAUCCAGCAGACCAUCAGGUCAGAGUUCAAGGACUGCACGGUGCUGACCAUCGCCCACAGACUCAACACGGUCAUGGAUUACGACAGGAUCCUGGUCCUGGACAACGGUUGUGUAUGUGAGUUUGACACACCCUCCUCCCUGCUGCAACAGCCUGACAGCAUCUUCUACAACAUGGCCAAAGCUGCAGGGUUGAUCUCGUAAUGUUCAGAGAGUUGACAGAAUGUGUAUGUUGCAAAGAAGAGAUUGUUUUAGAUACAGUACGGUACUCUGUCAGUGUUUGACGUGAUAGACCGUACAUCAUUCUAUAUAUUAGCUCUGAAUGUGUAUGGUUAUUGUAUAAUAAUACUUGGAAAGAAUUAAAUCAUCACUUUAUGUUAUCAAUCUUUAUGGUCCUUCAUGAUGUAGACAUACAUGAAACUACAAAUACAAAUUUACGUUUUGUUUCCGAGAAUUCUUGGACAAUACUGGUAUUCCAAUCAUUUUUCACACAGUCCAAUAAUGGUUAUCCCAGCAUUGUAAUGUCAUGAUUAUGUCAUUCGAAAUCAGUAACACAAAUAUAGCACAUGUCAUCAUUGCCAAUAAAUACAUUCUGGAAUUCCAUCUACGUGUUUUGUUGGCAUAUACUUUUUAAUAACAAGCAUCUGCUAAUGGUUUUCGCCAUUUUAAUGGACACAGUUAUAAUUAUAUGUUAUGUUUUGAGUGAGCCCACUGGUACCCAAUUUUAUUAUAACAUAAGCAAUAAUGCAGAUACCAAAUCAGUCGAAGCCACCUAUGAUGCUGCGCCUUUAAACUGAUCCAGUAAGUCACUAGAUAGCACGAUAACCUCCAAUAUUGAAUGUUAUCUGUACCCGUCCCCAAGUCAAGUUUCAUAACACCAGAGCUCCGUUGUCAUCGUUGAAAAUUAAUAUGAAAAAAAGCAUAUUGAGGAGUAGGCACAGUUGAUCACCAUAACAAUGAUGAAGUAAAAUCAUUAAAACUGAUAAGUUACUUUACUGAUUUAGAAAACACCCAGUUAUAAUAACCAUAUAGCCAAGGAAGUGCAAAAUUGGAAAGGCAUAAUUUAGACACCACCGCUGUCAAGGCAG